AUGAGAGACGAGUUAGUGAGAUCCGCGAUUACGUUUCUGAAUGACCCGGAAGUGGCUGGUGCCAGUCUGGCCAAACGGGUCGAGUUUUUAGAGUCCAAAGGGCUGACCAAGGAAGAGAUCGAAGAAGCGCUUCGCCAGAACGAACAAGCAGGAUCACAGAAAACAACUUCAACAAACAGUAACAGUCCAGUGUCAUAUUCAAAUGGUCCUCAACUACCGCCGCCAUUGUCUCUUCCACCUUCAAUCCCAGAAAGAGACUGGAAAGACCAUUUUAUCAUGGCUACUGUAAGCGUGGGAGUAGCUUAUGGCAUUUACGAAGUUUCGAAACGAUACAUUUUGCCAAUGAUAUUGCCAGCUACUCCCUCUUCUCUAGAAGCAGACAAGUCAGCAUUAGAAGUUGAAUUUGCCAGAACAGAAACCCUGCUGGAACAGCUACAGAAGGACACAAACGAGAUCAAGGAAGAGGAGGCUAAACGAAAAGAACAAUUUUCAUCUAUGAUCCAAGAGGCUCACGACGCAAUUGAAACUGUAAAGGGCCAAGCACAGAAUAUCGAGUCAGAUGUUGAUCUAAUCAAGUCUCAUGUUUAUAGCAUCAAAGAAUCGCUUCCUAAAGCCGUUGAUAAACACAGAGAAUUGCAGGACAAAGCGCUCCAGGAACUACAAGACGAGCUCAAAUCAUUGAAACAACUGAUUUCCAAUCGCAUAAAGACCACUGGUAGCUCAAGUGGACCACCUCCAGCAUCAUCAGUGCCCUCCUUUAUAUCCAAACCAAUUACAGCAUCGUCGCCUUUACCAGCAGGAGCAUCCUCUUCAACAUCGCCAGUACAGAAACCAUUAGCAUCUUCUGCAGCUCCUUCGGUUCCUCCUUCUUUCCCUGUACCUCCAAUUCCGAGUUCCAGUGGUCAUACAAGAGCACCUUCCUCUGAACAGCCCAGUGCAUCAUCCCCGUCAACCGUAGGAACUUCUCCGGUCGCCGGAACUACCAGACCUGGAAUUCCUGCUUGGCAGCUCGCAGCAACCUCUGCAUCAUCAUCGUCAUAA